AUGCAGUUAGGCAGUGAGGAUGCAGUUCGUCAGUCAGGAUACAGUUCGUCAGUCAGGAUGCAGUUAGCCAGUCAGGAUGCAGUUAGCCAAUUGGCAGCAGCUAAAAAAAGGUUGAACAUGGAAGAGGACAAAGACACCAAGCUUGUGGGGAUGGGGUUACGUGCCUCAGUGUCCCCUGUACAGACUGCUUUGUACAUCAUCCUGGUGCUGCUGGGCAUUGUGGGUAAUGCCAUCAUCGUCGGGGUUAUUGGACAGAGCGUGAUCAAAGAGGGUAGUGGGGGACAUAAAUCAGAUAUUAUCAUUAUUAACAUAGGCCUGUCGAACCUGCUGGUGUUGCUGCUGCGUAACACUCUGCUCGUCAUCUCAGACCUGGGGCUUGAGCUCUACUCAUCUAAAGAGUGGUGUCAGGUCCUCAUGGGGAUCUGGGUGUGGCUCAGAUCCGUCAAUAAUUGGUCAACACUCUUCCUGAGUGCGUUCCACCUCCAAACCCUGAGACGUGUUACUCCUAUUGCUCAGAACCUUCACGGUGCUCCCACAGACAUACUGCUGGCUCUCGGCCUCAUCUGGCUCCUUACUUUCAUUUAUUCCAUCCCUGCACAUGUCUUUUCCACAAAUGGGAAUGUGAACAGUACAGAGACCCUGAUGCUAGUGAGUAGCACAACACGCCCCCUGCUGGGCUGUGUGUGGAACUUUCCAUCCAGCUUCAGUGGCCUAGCCUAUGCUGCUUCAUCCAUGGUGAUCCAUGAAACAAUUCCCAUCAUCCUGAUGGUCUUUACUAGCUUGAGCUCUCUGUACACACUCUACAAGUACGGCAGGAUGCAACAGGUGGCGGUCAUAAAACAAGUACCAGCUGAGAGACGGGCAGCAAAGGUGAUUCUGGCUCUCAUCAUGCUUUCCGUCACAUCGUGGGGUACCAGCAUUAUCUCUGUCAACUGUUUCAACUACAACUAUGGAUCCUCUGAUGAGUUUCUCCUGGUCAUCUCUCGCUUUUCCAACAUUAUCUUUAUUGCUAUGUCACCACUUGUCCUGGCAGUGGGUCAUCGACGGUUACGUUCCUUCAUCAAGUCUUUACUAUAA